AUGGCCGCGCCGACCCGCGCUGUGGCCGUGGCAAGCGGCCUGUCCCGGCUGGUGUCUCGUUCUCGUCCACGGCUGCCGCCAAUGGCCUCUAUCUCUGUUCCUACUACAGCAACGACGGCGGCAUCGUCGCGAUGGCACUCGGGCUUCUCGUCCGUCAACCCCAACGAGGUCUCGCACUUCAACGCCCUCGCCGCCGAGUGGUGGGAGCCGCACGGGUCAUCCCGCCUGCUACACCUCAUGAACCCGCUGCGCCACGACUUCAUCCGCGCCUGUCGCGAGUCCUCCGACGACCCCAAUUCCGUCACGUACCUCGACAUUGGCUGCGGCGGCGGCAUCUUUGCUGAGAGCGCCGCCCGCCUAGCUUCCACCAAGCACGUCACCGCCAUCGAUCCCACGCCGUCCGUCCUCAACGUCGCAAAAGCACAUGCCCGCAAAGACCCUUCGCUAGCGGGCAAGCUGUCGUAUCGCCAGUCUUCGGUCGAGCAGCUCGAGGUGCCCGCCGAGGGCCAGGGCUACGACAUCGUGACGCUCUUCGAAGUCAUUGAGCACAUUGACGAUCCGGGGGCGUUUCUGGAGCGCGUGCGCCCGCUCGUCAAGCCUGGCGGGUGGCUCGUCAUGAGCACCAUUGCGCGGACGUGGGUCAGCUGGUUGACGACGAACCUCAUUGCCGAGGACAUAUUGCGCAUUGUGCCGCCGGGAACGCACGAUUGGAAUAAAUACAUUAAUGAGAGCGAGUUGAGGGGAUAUCUUGCCGGCAAGGGCUGGGACAGCGCAAAAGUAAUGGGCGUUGUCUAUGUCCCCGGGUUUGGGUGGAGGGAGGUCAAGGGCAGCGAAAAGGUGGGCAACUAUUUCUUUGCUGUGCGCAAGGCGUAG